CCCUUCUUGCGGGGACACCGCGACCCCGCAGGGGACUCCCAAGCCAAGGUGCCUCCUCCCCGCGCCUUGGUUCCGCCCGCGCGUCACGUGACCGCAGCGCCUACUUGAGCGGAGGAGCCGCCGCGGCCCCUCACCGAGUCCCCUCGCCAGGUUCCCUCCGUCGCCGCCAAGAUGAUGUGCGGGGCGCCUUCCGCCACGCAGCCGGCCACCGCCGAGACCCAGGACAUCGCCGACCAGGUGAGGUCCCAGCUUGAAGAGAAAGAAAACAAGAAGUUCCCUGUGUUUAAGGCCGUGUCGUUCAAGAGCCAGGUGGUCGCGGGGACAAACUAUUUCAUCAAGGUGCACGUCGGCGACGAGGACUUUGUACACCUGCGAGUGUUCCAACCUCUCCCUCAGGAAAACAAGCCCUUGACCUUAUCUAACUACCAGACCAACAAAGCCAAGCAUGAUGAGCUGACCUAUUUCUGAUCCUGACUUUGGACGGGGCCCUUCAGCCAGAAGACUGACCAUUAAAGUGAUCCUCCGUCUACCAGAGCGUGCACUUUCGAUCCUAAAAUAAGCUUCAUCUCCGGGCUGUGCCCCUCGGGGUGGAAGGGGCGGGAUUCUGCAGCUGCUCUUGCAUUUCUCUUCCUAAAUUUCAUUGUGUUGAUUUCUUUCCUUCCCAAUCGGUGAUCUUAAUUCCUUUCAGAAUAUUUUCAAAAUGGAUAUAUUUUUAAAAUCCUUACA